AUGGGUUGUACUAUUUAGAAAAAAGGGAAAGGAAACUAAUGUUAAAUGAUAAAACAAUAAUAGAUUGGUGGUUAAGAAACUUAAAUACAAUCAUAAUCACCAAAAAUUGAGAAUUUGAUUAUUGAAACUCCUUCAUAGAUUAAUUUAAGAGCAUAGAGACUUAAACAUGUCAGAGAUAUAAUAUUGAGUGGAUAUUCAAAUUCUCCUAAAAAUAUACAUAAUAGUAGAAAAUAAUCAUCACAGAAUUUGUGGAUUUGA